GCAGCAACAAAUAACAAUAAACAAACCACUACACGCACUAGCUAAUAGCUAUGAAGCUUCCCAAACUCACUUCUUUCUUUCUCAUCUUCUUCUUCGUUUCUUCUUUUUUAGCUCAAGCAAGAAGAUUGCAAGAGAAUUAUGAGGAUGAGCUGAAGAAGACAAAAUCCAGCUAUCAGCCAUUAUCUUAUAACGAAAAGCUUCCAGCUGCUACCGGUGAAUUCCUCUUGACGCUGCGUUUGGAGCUUCCAACAUCGCAGGAUUCACAAAGCUUCUUUGAGCGUUUCAAUGGCGUAAACGCCUACAUGCUGACGUUGAGUUCUUUAAGGUCCAAAGACUUCGGAAGAGAACCAAAGUCGCCGCCGCCUUCUCCGAAGCCGUCUGGUCCUAAUCACCCAACUAUUAUCCCCUCCGAUCUAAGCACGGCCGGAGAGUUUGGACGGGGGCAAAAGUCGCCGCCUCCGGCUCCGGAAAUAGAUCCCCCCCACCACCCAACUAUUAUCCCCUACGGUCUAAGCUCGGGCGGAGAGUUUGGACGGGAGGAAAAGUCGCCGCCUCCGGCUCCGGAAACAGAUAUCCCCGAACACCCAACAAUUACCACCUCGAAUUAUGGACGGCUGCCGAAGUCACCGCCUCCGGCUCCGGAAACAGAACCCCCCCACCACCCAACAAUUACCACCUCGAGUAGUUAUGGACGGCAGGCGAGAUCGCCGCCUCCGGCUCCAAAGCCAGGACCGCCAAUCCACCCUGGAAACAGCGGCGGCGGCGCACAAGUGAUUUCAAUGGCGGACGACUCAAGUGAUUUCCUGUCAUCAGCCUGAGCUCAUGUAUUAUGAUCUCAAUGAUAAUAUGCUUUUGUGUUGAGUAUUAGAUUAGCAGUUUAGAAUAAGAUAAUUGUUGUAGUUUGUUUACAAAUUAUAGUUUCAGUAUUAUUUAAUAUUAUGUUUGAGCAUGUAAACCUUAAAUAAAAGGUGUUACAUCUUCUUAUUAAAUGUGUAAUAUUAUAUUAUUUCAUCAA